CAGACUCCAGAAACUGCUUCAUCCUGACUGUGUGGGACAAGAACAGAGAAGAAGAAGGGUUCGUGGGUCCAGGUCUGUGGUCCCGGGUCGUCCCGUGCAGGAGGGGCUGGUUUCUGUGGCUCCUGUUUACUCCUGCUGGAUUUAACUCAAACCAGAUGCUUCCUCUGCCAGACUCCGCCGCCGGACGGGCUGGUUUGAACUCCUCUGCGACGCCACCAAACUCCACGCGUUUCUCCUCAAGUUUUAACCCUCGCGUUAAAUAGAAAAUGCGCGGUUGUUGCUCAGUUUAACGGAUCUGUUUGGAGGUUUUACCGGAUUCUUCUGACGGUCCCGUUAAUCCAGGUUUUUUUAUCAGCUGACGGGACGUCGGCUUCAGUUGUGCUGCGCACUUUGGAUUGAGACAAACCAGCUGGAUGAUUGGAUAAAUAAGAGAGAAUGAUUUGCCUUUGAAGAGUCGCACGGUGCUCGUUCUUCCUCUAAACUUUAAAGCCGCAGGAUCUGGACCUGAGGAGGACAGAAGAUGCGGUUCUGCUGCUUGGAAGCGAAGUUGUGUCCUGCGCCGCGCGUCCCGGCUGCUCCGCUCCACAAACCGCGUCCCGCUUCAGAAUCAGCGCCUUUUAGCAUUUGAUUCGUUGCUGGUUAAAGUUCUUUGGAUUCACAACAUGCGUUAAGACUUUACCAGACUGUCGUGGACCCGCUAGCAAAUUCGGCCUAAAUAUAAUCCAUCCAGCGGCAGAACAGGAUCUAAGAGAACAACUUCCCGAAGCUGCCCAGGAGCCCACAGAGGUGAGAUGAUGAAGAUGUGAAGGGUCCCCCUCCUCUCAUGCGGUGCGUCCUGGCUUCAGCUGCCGGACUUCUCCUGAGGGAGGCCGGGAUGCUCCUGCGCCGCCGGUCCUGCUCCGGCCCGCUGCUGCUGCUCGGGGUGGCGGUGUGUCUCUUCUACCAGCUGAUGGUGGUCCGGAACCGGCUCCGGUCCGGACAGCAGCAACCCGCCGCCGAUAUCCGCUGCAGGAGGCCGUCGGACGAAGUCCUGAUGGAGGAGACCAGGAGGUUCCUGUCUACUCUGGAGACUCUGCAGAUACAGCCGUCCCCUCGGCGGCGGCGGGCUGUGGUUCUCAUGGGUCGACACCUGGUCUCAGACACCGAGGUCCAGCUGUACCAGCAGGUUCUGCAGCAGAUGGGCUAUGAGGUCCAGCUGUCCAGAUACGCAGAGACCAGCAGCUUCCUCAGAACAAAUCACG